AGGCCAAUAUUUUUAUUCGGGUACGUUACGAGCACGCGUGUUUUAUCACUGAAAAUUAUCACUAAAAAUAUCAUGUCACAGUUCUAAGUCCGCUCGCGAUCGGUUUUUUAAAAUAGCGAAUAGCAAAGUAAAUGUAUGGAAUAAUGAACUACGCCAGUCGAUCGAAUGAUUCUUGAUGAAGUGUCGGGUGUAACCAUAACUUGCUCUGUACUUAUAAAUUAAUCGUUAUCUCGUUCGUGAAUAUUCUAAUCGCAAUGUUUAUGUUACCGAAAACCAGUAAAGAAUACUCCAAUACGGACUAUUGGGAUAAAUUCUUCACCAAAAGGGGUAAAAGCGACUUCGAAUGGUAUGGAGAAUACGAAGAACUAUGCAAUAUUCUGCACAAAUACAUGAAACCAGUGGACGACAUAUUAGUAAUAGGAUGUGGCAACUCGGCUGUCAGUUCAAAUUUAUACGACUUGAGUUACAAAAAAAUCACCAAUAUCGAUAUCAGUAACGUUGUCAUAAAACGCAUGCAACAGAAGUACGCCGAAUCUAGACCAGGACUCGUGUAUUUGCAAAUGGACGCUUUACAGACUAAUUUUAACGCGGCAUCCUUCAGCGUUAUUUUUGACAAAGGUACGUUAGACGCCCUUUACAACGAAAACACCGCCGAAGCUAAAGACCGUGCCACUAAGUUAUUCGUCGAAGUCGAAAGAUUAUUGAAAUUCGGUGGGCGUUACGUAUGUAUUAGUUUAUUGCAAGAUUUCAUAUUGGACUUCGUCUUAGAUUACUUUACCGAAAAAGGUUGGCUGAUACGUAUCUGCAAAUGCGCCGAUGUCGAGAAAAACCAAUCAGAAUUUUCGUUACCGGUAUUUGCCGUCGUUUGUACGAAAAUGAAGAAAUUACCGAAUUUUGAACCCUUUCUCGAAUUCACUAUGGACGACACAAAUGUAAUUCGUACCGAUAAAGACGAAUUGAAAAGUAACAUCUCUUCUAUUCAGCAAGCUGAAAUAGUAUGCAACGGUUUGAAUAGAAACUGCCUCAAUGGAUCCAACAACGAAGCCCUUAUCGAAGUAGUCAGACCUGGAGAAACACUCACCAGGUACACCAUCAUAAUUAUCGAUCCAGAAACCGCUCAUCGAGUCGACAAUAUGAAAUUCGCAGCAUUCGUCGUGCCUACUGGUAAAAAUGACGAAUGGAUGUUUUCGAAUCCGGAAGGAAGGCAAGUCCUUAGACAAAACUGUCCUGCUGAUCGAGUUGCCUUAAUUUUCAUGCACGAAGGUCACGAGUACCCUGAUUUAAAAGGUAUCCAGAAUGAACUUUCCGAUACCAUAAUUAAAUUAGCCCCCCGAGGUGUUAGAAUAAAAAACGAAAAAGUCAUGUUCCUAACCAUGUCUGUUUCGAAAAACGAAAAUAAAGAAGUACGAUUCAGAGGCAAAAGUAAAUUCUCUGGCGAGUACAUCGUCGACGAUGUAGUCGAUAAUGGCGAACACUACAGAAGACUGAUAUUCUUGAAUCGUGGCACCGUCAUUCAAUCCGAAGUUAAGCUGAAAAAGAGCGAAGACAAAAACGAAGAAGAAAUCGACCAGUCUUACAUUAGCUGCGAAUAUCAUAUAUCUUUAAACAUCGGUGUCUGUUUAGCCGUUCAACAAGGAGGCAAAUCUAAUUACGAUGUUUUGAUCCUUGGUCUGGGUGGUGGCGUGCUGAGUAACCUGAUCCAUAGAUGUUUCGACGAAGUUGUCAUUUCGGCUGUAGAAAUCGACGAAGAAAUUCACAAAGUAGCCCAAGAUCAUUUCGGUUUGAGAAACGACGACAGGAUCAAAAUCCAUAUCACCGAUGGAUUAGAGCAUUUAUCUCAAUGCGCUGAAAAAGGUGUUAAAUUCGAUGCCAUUAUUUUCGAUGUGGAUAACAAAGAUCCAUCAGUGGGUUUAUCUUGUCCACCGGUGUCAUUCUUGCAAAUGGAUGUUUUGAAAAGAACCGCCGAAUGCUUAAGCGAUAAAGGGCUUUUCUUACUCAACUUUGUUUGUCGUUCGAAGGCCAUUAAAAAAGACGUAUUUAAAAAGAUUAAAACCUUGUUCGCUGGUAUAGUUUCACUGAAAAACACCGAAGAUGUCAACGAAGUUGUCAUAUGCUGGAAAGAAGGCCUAAAAAUUACCAAAACUGAUAUCGACGCUGCUGCUCAAGAAUUCUUUAAACGAUCAAAAACUCAAGAUUUGGCAGUCAACGAUGAUAUUUUAAAUAUUACCAAAACCAUGGAGAGUAUUAAACUUUGAUCGAUUUAAUUGACCUCUUUCCCCCCCCCUCCGUUUUUGUAUUGCCUACCUGUUUUUUAUUCAAUUUUCUACGUUCUUUUGGAAAGAAAGGUAAUAUCGUGAAAUUGUCUUCAGAUAUUUCGUACUGAAUUUUGUUAAUUUUAUUUUCUUUCUUGUUGUGUUGUUGCUCUGUCAUCAAUAAAGUCAUUAUAUAUUUUUUUUAAUAAA